GCAGUUGAGAGUGGCAACUCCUAAGGAGAUAAAACUGGGAUCGAUGGUCAAAGGAAGAGUUUGGCCUCACACCAUGAGCCCACUGUUUGUAACGUGGAAGAUUGGUCGAGAUAAACGAUUGCGUGGAUGCAUAGGUACUUUUUCUGCCAUGAACCUGCAUUCAGGACUCAGGGAGUACACACUUACUAGUGCCCUUAAAGAUAGUCGUUUCCCCCCAAUGACGAGGGAUGAGCUGCCACGGCUUUUCUGCUCAGUGUCUCUACUCACUAACUUUGAAGAUGUAUGUGACUACAUGGACUGGGAGGUGGGUGUACAUGGCAUUAGAAUAGAAUUCAUCAAUGAAAAAGGAUCAAAACGCACCGCCACCUACUUACCGGAGGUUGCAAAGGAGCAAGGAUGGGACCACAUUCAAACCAUAGAUUCCUUAUUGAGGAAAGGAGGCUACAAAGCUCCGAUUACUAAUGAAUUCAGGAAAACAAUAAAGCUAACCAGGUACCGUAGUGAGAAGAUGACGAUGAGCUACACAGAGUAUCUUGCCCAUCGUCAGCAUCAUCACUUCCAAAAUGGAAUAGUACUUGAGAGCUGUAAGUACUGUGUAAUAAUUCUGAUACCCCUCCACACGGCAGAAGAAAGAAAACUGAUUGCAACUUUUUCCUGCUGUAAAAAUAGGAAUUAGUAAAAGGUAUGCGUGGUAUAUUUGCAAGCCCAGUUUAUGGUAGCAGCUCGCUCCUUGCUCAUGUGCCUGCAGAACUCCCACUAAUACCUGUUGUAGUUCAGUGCGUAUUCUAGGGGACAAUACAUGCCAUCUAUUACAGAAAAGACCUUCCUAAUAUGAGUAAGUAAAACACAGUAAGCAGAAAUUCCAGUAAUUUUGAAUAAUGAAUGUUUGUAAAUACAUAGAUAUAUAAAAUUCAAAUAGAUAAAAUCAAUUAAAAUUCAGUUGUUAAAAAAAAAUCAGACUAAUUGUAAAAAUGUUUCAAUAGGGUUUCAAAAACAGAUACAGAUAAAUUAUGCUCAUCCCUUAUGCAAGGCUAGCUUUGCCACUUAAUUUCCAUGGAGGUUCUUGUAGAAGGUCUCUGGUAUUCCUUCAUCCACAGCAUCUGAUGUCCAAAUAUUAACAUUUUCAGUUGUGAUGCCUUAAUUUAUAAGCAGAGGGCCUGAAAUUUCAGGAGCCAAAAGAUGCCAGCCAGAGGCUGCAAAAAUUAAUAGAUGUUUAUACAGAGGCUAUUUUGGAUGAUACUGUUGUCUUGUUUCUACUUGGGGAACACUUUUAAAUGGAUUAGUCUUCAAGUGGAAAUUGUGAACAAGUGGCUACCUGAUAGAGUUGUGUUGGUUUUUUUUUCUUGCCCUUAUAGGGAAACUGAGCACAAACUGAAUCAUUCUGCUGCAAAAAAAAAAAAAAAAAAAAGGUCAUCCAACCCCAUCUUUAUCUGUCAUCUCGUUACAGCAUGCUCAUGCUUCUGUAUGAGCUCAUUGUUAGAAGUUUUUUAAAAAGAUCUAUUAUAUAUAAAAAUAUAUAUGUAUUGAAAGGUGCUAAUCAACCUCAAGCAGGUCACGUGACUGGUCAUGCGGAUCUAAAAUCAUAUCAGAUUUUUUAAAAAAUCUUCGAUAUAUGCAGAUGUUAUACAGAAUUUCUUACCAGUGUAAUAAUGAUAUACUGAUGAAUAAACAAUCCUGCAGGUUUUUAAGGACAAGGUCAGCAAUACUUCCCACCAUGGCUUGGGGGAGAAAAGGAUAGUUUUGUCUCCUUUUUGUAUACAGCAUAAUGCACAAUGCAUUUUUGUCUAUCUCUUAGUAGCUGUUGCUUAAAAAUAUAGUUAAAAGGGUGUUAUACAAACUGUAAAGGUGUGCUUUUGGAAUGAGUUAAUGCCAGACCCUUCUGGACCAGAGUUUUGUAUCACUAAUUAAAAAACUGUUACAGAGUCUGUGGUCAAUCAGAUUGUAUGAUAUUUUUCUUAAAAGAUUCGAAUAAUCAGUCUAUCUACAGUGUUUCUAGGGCACCUACCUCCUCAGCAUGCAAGUGCUGAAAAUGCUAUGGAUUGUUUCUGUGUAAUUGUAGGUUUAUUUGUACAAAACGUGCAGUUCACUGUGACAUGCACUGGGACAGAAUAGGUCUGUUCGCUUAAAGCUGAGCAACAAUUGCUUUCACAAAUGUCAUUCCCUCAUAGUUAUGUUUAGUACCCUUUUAGAUAUAUUGCUAGGUUUAGUUACAGAUUUUUAAAUUUUUUUUUGUCUUAAUUUGGGGUACUUUGUAAGAAGUUAAGGUACAACCAAGUAGCUUAUUUCACUGUUUAAGUUGGAAUGCUAAUUUUUUAUGAGCACUACACAGUUUGCCUUAUUCCAUUCAAGAGAUUGUUGGGGGUUUUUUUAAUUCUUUUGCUUAAUGUUCCUAAAAACCCUGUUCUGUAAACUGAAUUAAGACGACAAAGCUGUAGACUUGACAUGAAACUAUUACCUAGUCAUGCUUCAAGUGGCCUUCCUUCUGCCUAGACUGCUGUAG